AUGCCCAGCCUUCCUUCGCUUGCUAUCCUGGCUACAUCGACCAUCUUCGCAACAAUCGUCAGCGCAUUGCCACAAUACUACGACCCAGAACAGUACGGCUACCCUCCAGGACCAUCAUCACAAUACCAACCGGGCCCGAUCACAUCGCCCACCUAUUCCGUUGAUUCCUCAUCGGACUCGUCGGCGCCUACUGCGGCGCCGUCGAACUUUGCAACUGCAGGUUAUACAACUUACACAACCUCCAAUACUGCUCUCCCAGUCGCCUCAUAUGCAACACUUGCACCUACAGGGACGGCUGGGCUGUCGUACGGCGUUACGCAGACAGCGAGUGCAGGCGUAUCAUAUGCUACGUCGACUCCACUGAGCUCCAGUAACACCACUUCCAACGGCACGGUUGCACACUUGGAAACUUUUCGCGGUGUGAACUUGGGCGGUUGGCUCAUCUUGGAGAAGUGGAUGGUUCCCGGAGUUUUCAACAACACUGGCGCGAUAGAUCAAUGGACAUUCGAUAGUACCGCCUACAAUGCCGAGGCUCGACUGCAGGAUCAUUGGUCAACAUAUAUCACACAGCAAGAUUUCGUGCAAAUGGCAUCAUGGGGCAUCAACGCUGUACGAAUUCCAAUCGGCUACUGGGCGUUUAUGGACGCCAGCCCUUAUAUCAGUGGCGCAGACGAAUACCUUGAGCUGGCUAUUGGUUGGGCCCGCGCGAACUCGAUGAGAGUCAUGAUCGAUUUGCACGGCUCGCCUGGAUCGCAAAAUGGCAAGGACCAUAGCGGGCAACAAGGGGCUGUCAACUGGCAAGCAUACGACAAUGUGAACCUCACACUCAAGGUCCUCAAGACAAUCGCCACCAAGUACGGCACCAUGGCCUAUCAGGAUGUAGUGAUGGGCAUCGAGAUCGUGAACGAGCCGUGCAAAGACUCAAGCACUGCAGGUUGCACGAACACACCAACGGUGACGCAAGACUUCGCAGAAAAGGCAUAUGACACAAUCAGGACGGCCGCACCGAACAAGAACCUGUGGGUCAUCACCCACGAUGCGUGGAUGGGCGCGAAACAAUGGGAAGGAGUCAGUGCCAACUUGAACAAUCCAGCCCGGUUCGGCGUCGACCUCCACCUCUACCAGAACCAGGACGCGGCGAGCAGAGGUCUGAACGUUGAUGGCCAAAUCGCUGCAGUAUGCAGUUGGAAGCAAACACAAUUCAUGGGUGGCAAUGCCGCCAUACCGAUCUUCGUCGGCGAAUUCGCAGGCACCAUCGACGUUUGCGCCAAUCCAGAUGGGACGACGAGAGGCGGUCUUCAAUGCACUCCGAGUGGAUGCCAGUGCACUAACAUCGCCAUGGGCAAUUACAUCGAUAAGAGCAACGUCGUCGCCACUAAUCUCCAGGCGGACUUGCGCAGGUUCUUGGAAGCUCAGCUCGAGACCUUUGAGCAGAACACUAAUGGUUGGUUCCUGUGGUCAUUGAAGGGUCCUGGAUUGUGGUCCGCGCAGAACAUUGUGCAGUACAUCAUGCAAGGCGAUCCUCUGACAAAGAGGGAGAAUUUGAACAUCUGUGGGCAGAUAGCGUAG